CAGCGGUGUCACAGCAGCCUGGACAGCCUGGACAGCCUCGGGGAGCCUCGGGCAGCGCUGCGGCUCCCAGUGACCCACAGCACACACAGCUGGCAGGAGCAGCAGGGCCCCAUGGCAAGGAGCAGCCCAGCCCGGCUCAGCUCUGGAUGAAAUAAGGACCUUGCUGGGGGAGCAGUUCUUCGUGCAGUGCACUCACAGGUCAGAACGUAAUGCCCAUGCUGUUCUACACUCUGACUGUAGCUUUUUUGAUCGGCACACAGGCAGCUCCCAAGUCAGAGGACAAUGCCCCACUGGAGUUUCCUGCAGAACAUUCCCUGCUCAGCACCCGGAGCGACCGACACCGCAUUGCCCAGGAGGCUCCGCAGACGUCCCACGGCCACACCGCGCGGAGCCUCGGCAGCAGAGAAGCCCUAAACAUCACCGUGGACCCCAAAAUCUUUCGGAAGCGGCGUUUCCGCUCUCCCCGGGUGCUGUUCAGCACGGAGCCCCCGCCGCUGGCCGGGCAGGGCCGGAAUUUGGGAUUUCUCAGCAGCGUGGGGGCUCUCAACAGGACUGCCAGGAGCAGGAGGAGCACGCACCCCGUGCUGCACCGCGGGGAGUUCUCGGUGUGCGACAGCGUCAGCAUGUGGGUCGGGGACAAAACCACGGCCACCGACAUCAAGGGCAAGGAGGUGACGGUGCUGGGCGAGGUCAACAUCAACAACAACGUCUUUAAGCAGUAUUUUUUCGAGACCAAGUGCAGGGACCCCAAGCCGGUGUCGGGCGGGUGCCGCGGCAUCGACGCCAAGCACUGGAACUCGUACUGCACCACCACCCACACCUUCGUCAAGGCCCUGACCAUGGAGGGCAAGCAGGCGGCCUGGAGGUUCAUCCGCAUCGACACCGCCUGCGUCUGCGUGCUCAGCAGGAAGGCGGCCAGGCCCUGAGCCCGCGCCCUCCGACCCCCCUA